AAGAGGUCAGCGUUGGUUUUCAAGAUGGCGGCGCUCAAUGUGUUGGUCACGGGCUGUGGGCGGCUGUUCCGAGGGCUCGUGGGACUCCCGGCCGCUACCGGCUGGGCUCGGCCUGCAGCUCGCGGGUUCAGGGAAGUGGUGGAGAUCCAAGAAGGGAAGACGACUAUAAUUGAAGGCCGUAUCACAGAGACUCCCCAGGAAAGUCCACUGCCCCCUAACCCCUCGGGCCAGUGCCCCAUCUGCCGGUGGAACCUGAAGCACAAGUAUGGCUAUGAGGAUGUUCUGCUGCUCAGUCAGUUUAUCCGGCCUCACGGAGGCAUGCUGCCCCGAAGAAUAACAGGCCUAUGCCAGGAAGAGCACCGCAAGAUUGAGGAGUGUGUGAAGAUGGCCCACCGAGCAGGUCUGUUACCAAAUCACAGGCCUCGGCUUCCUGAAGGAUUCGUUCCGAAGAGCAAACCCCAACUCAACCGGUACCUGACCCGCUGGUCUCCCCGCUCUGUCAAGCCCAUCUACAAUAAAGGCCACCGCUGGAACAAGGUGCGCAUGGCUGUUGGGUCACCCCUCCUGAAAGACAAUGUCUCCUACUCUAGAAGGCCUUUGGUGCUGUACCAUUGACUGAGUGGGCUUCCUGGGAACCUCGCCACAGCUCCUCCUGCACUCCCACCCCAUGCCACUAGGGCCACCCAGCUCCUCCAACAUGAAGGACGUGAGGGGCAGUGGGACCAACUUCAGAGCCCUUGGCCUGCCCAGCAACAGUGCAGUUGGGGGCAGACAGGGCAGUUGGGUCCCUUGGCAGCUGCUAUGGUCUCAUGACUGGCUUGGGCUGUGCUCAGUGCUGGGGGACAGGAUUUUUGCCCAAAGGAAUGUCAUAAACCAGGCUCAUGUAGUCA